UAUCCAACCAAAAUAUUUGCGAUGGCAACAGGGUUAGAUCAUAAAACAUCGGUUUUUAUUAACUCGUGUCUAAAACCUGCAUCGCCAGCAUGCCAGAAUUUAGUAAGUGAAAUUGUGGUAGGUUACGGUAUUCCAAACGGAAGCAAUAAAACAAGGAAAUACUCUAAGAAGACGUCUACGAAGUCGCAUGUAUCGUCUGUUUUCGGGACUGGAAAAGAUUGCAACAGCUUUGUUUCAAAUAAUCGUAUUCGUGGUCGCAAUACAACUAGUAACAAGCAGGAGGGCUAUCGUGAUUAUAAUGUUAUGUAUGCGGAACAAGAACAUAGGCCUGCCAGCACCGAGUCAGAAAAUGCAAAUACGAAGUCGGACUACUAUUGUGAGCACAGUUCAGACGGCGCUAGCUGUCUGGGGCUGAAAUCUUUUGAGAAGCUAAAAAACAUGGACCCGUCAUCUGUCAAUGUCGCAGACGUAUCAAGACUGUGCGAAUCUAUUGACAAGGUUAAGCGUGAACACAAAAAGGCUCUCAAAAAACUAGAAAAUCAGUAUAAUAGAAAGCAUCAACCCGACAAUUCAAAUGUAGAACAUGAAUUUGACAUGAAGUUUAAUGAUGUACAUGAUAAUAUAAAUACUAAUAAUGUAAUACCAUCACACAAGUAUGAGUCAUUUCUUUCAAAUGAUGUGUCACGACUGAGCAAAAGUAAUUUGAAAAAACAUCAAGACAAUAUAGAGUCGCUAUUAAAAAUACCUGUUCAUCCAAAAACAUCUGGAAGAAGUCGUGCGACAGGAUAUAUGUCCAUGGAUUGGAGAAACUUGACUUCAGAUGAAAGAAGUGAUACACUUCAAAAUAAACCGACAGAUUCUACUCUUCACACCAAUACGUGGAACAAUAAUGACACAAGACCGUAUGAAAGUAAAUAUGCAUGGGAGGAGAGUGAACUGACGAAAGUGUGGGAUGAUUAUUCUGUGGGCAUUGAUGCCUCAAAAGAGUUGCCAUUAAGAAGUUCAAGUAUGUGUAGGUCCCCAUCUCCUACGAAAAUAGGUAAUAAUGGGUGGCACCAUGGCAUCACAGUGCCACAACCUUUCAAAAUGACUAUUAGAGCAGAGCAGAAGCCAAAGACUAAAUCAAAAGCACAGCUUCAAAUAGAGAAACAAAAGCUAGAGAAACAGAUGGCUGAAGAAGCUGAAUGUCGGAAAGUUUUCCGAGCAAAGCCACCACCAGCACAUGUGUAUCUUCCUCUCUACAAUGUAAUCAUGGCUGAGGAGGAGGUACGUCGGAAGGAUAUGCGUGAAAACAACAAACGAACACUGCUGUUAGAUCAGAGACCAUUUUCCUUUGUAUGGCGAGAAGAGGAAAAGAAAAGGCGGGUUCAGUCUCAAUUGGCAGUGAAUGCUAGAAGUAGAAAGGAAUCAAGAUCUGUCAGCCCUUCCUUUAAAGCUACAAAUCCACCAAAGGCUGUUUAUAGCAGGGAAGUCCAUAGAAAACUAGAAGAGCAAGAAUUCUACAGGAAAAUAAAAAUUCACAUGCGCUCACUAGAAAUGCUUACAUCGUCGAAGUUGCCACCACGUAUGGAAGCACACCAGAGACGGAUGAGAGAGCGUACUGAAACAAAAAGCAGAAAGUCUGGUGCUUUUGAUGGUGUGACACCCUCCUUUACACCCGGAGUUCAUGAUGUGCCAGACUUCCAAGCAAUACAUAACCAGUUGCAGAGGCAGAAUAGCUUGUUAGGUUCGCCCCAGUAUACACAGUGCAACCCUUUCAAUCUGCGAACGGCAAAUAUAAAGUCAAACGUUGAUGUGAUUGCUAACGACAUUGUGAAUGACGAAAAGAAAUUGAAAGAGUCUAGGUGGCCUUAUACUGGAAGUAGAGAGAAACGACCUCCUAGUUCUUUGAAAUAUCGGUCCGCUUCAGUUGGUUGCAUUCCCACCCGCAUUACAUCAGCUGCUAGCCGGCAGCAGGCACUCGCCAGGUUGCAAAAAGAAGAAGAAAAGAAAAAUGAAGAAAGUAUGAAAGGGAGGCAAUCUCGACAACGCAAAAAACACGAACACCUCAGGAGGCAUUUGUAUGAGAAGCUCGAGGCAGAGAGCAGUGGUGACUUGGAGACUCUGUUUACUGAGAAAGUCAAGAAAAAUAAGGAAUCGGAAGCUACACAGUUAGCCGAGUACAAGAAGAGCUUGCAAGAGAUGUUGGAAAGGGUAGAAAGCCGUCCCCUACUCAUGGAUCAGCAGGCCCAGCUCAAUGCAAAGAAAGCCAUCGAGAAAAGGUUCGAGGAUGCACUACGUAGUGCUGGCAUCUCUGAAGACUACAUCAAGGCCAAGAGUCAGGAAGAGCCACAACACAUCAGUGUCGUUAGUGCUGAUGAGACUGGAGAAAUUGUGGAAUCCACUCGCUGCGAGGAAGAGGCUCUGACGAAGGAAGAUUACAACAUUGAGGAAGAUGGUUUCACUAGUGGUAGCGAGUCUGUUGCGGAGGCCCAAGCAGAGGUAAAAAGUUUAACGAGGUCAACAAGUGCCAGCAGCACCAGCAGCACCAGCAGUGCCACUUGAAAUCUGUGCAGGAAUAAAAACAUUUUUAAUUUGGCCUAAUAUGGAAUACAAUAUUGGCCCAGCAUGCAGUGAGAGGAUUGUGUAGCUCUGUGGUUUAUGAUUCAAAAAGAGGUAUAUAAACUUUAAUGAAGAACAGAACAUGCUGUUAGAUAGUAAUUAAUAUAACAUAAUCAGCAAAGCAAAUAUUAUAUUGUGCAUUCAUUAUUAGCAUGUCAUGUAGUUGUAAAAGCAUGUAAAUUGUGGUUGUUUUUUGCUUGUGGUUACAACAGUUUAAAGCGUGUUCUCUUGCUGAGAGAGCAUGUCGUACAUUGCCCCUCAGCUAGUGCUGAUACAGAUGUAUUUAGCUCAUCUGACAUAGUCAGAUGCAGCUUGUAGAAUCGCAUGAUCGUCCGUCCGU